UUGGGCCAUUAAAUUGGCAUAUGCAGAAAUUCUCGAAGGGCGUAAACAUGUUCUCUCUUGAUAAGGGAGUGUGCCUAAUGGUGUUGGCUGUCAUGCUGGUGACGACGCCAACGCAAAGCAAGCCAAGGUCAGAAUCCAGUGACCAAGUCAGCGACCUUGAGAAGAAGCUAGAGGACAUGGAAAGAAAGAUGUCGCUUCUGACGAAACAGGUCAUGAUGCAGCAGUCCGAGUUUGAGGAGAGAAUAAGGUCUGACGGGCAGUCAGGCCUGAAGCAAAACCGUGUGUUGGUCGGCGGCACCAGGCCUUAUUUCUACGAUUCUACCACGGGCGACCGCCACGCCGCCAUCCACGACCAUGCCAACCACAUUCGAACCAUAGGGAUGGGGGAAGUCGUUGCUGUUCUCAAUGGUAUAGAAUUCAAGACACGCCACAACGAUUACAAAUUGCGCAUGCCCAGUACCACCCAAACGAAGUUCAGGAAGAUGGAGGAUGUUCCGUUUCCGGAUGUACCACCAGAGGUACUGUCCAAGUCGACUGUUGAUGAGCAGAUUGAGGAGAUGAGGGCUUGGUUUAAGGCAUGGAAGGACUCUGAUCAUUCUACACGGGAUUAUAGGAAAUAUUUCAAGCCGGUUUUGUGCUACCUGGAGGGCUACUGGAAGAACACGGACAAUACUGGCAAAGUUGAGGAACCCUUUCAGAGCGACCGCCACUACAUCGAUGCGUCUACCUGGCAUGAACUUCUUCGGAGGAAUAGUUUCAGUGCCUACAGUGGAAGGAAAGAUGCUGGCGAGAACCUCGCCUUCCUUCCGACCAAGAUUGUGGACUAUGUGAAUGAUACUAUCCCUGUUUAUGCUCAAUGGAAUUACAGGAUCGCGUGUCAUCCUCUCAAACACCAGGUGCCGCUUUACGGGUUCAGAAUGAUUGACGACUUCAAUGCCCGGAUGAGGAGGCGCGCAAAGCGAGAGGGAUUCUCCGGUACAAGAGCAGCGAGAUUUCAGCUAAACCCGAAUCUUAGGGGGGACAUUAACCGGCGAACGUGGAAUAAAUACGAGUUGUUGACCUUCCUUGACUAUUUAGAUGUGUUGAUGGAGGAGGUUCCCGGACUCGACAACUACUCUGCCAACCUAACGGACACCACCUACGGCGAGCCCGCCUACCAUUUCUGGACCAUCAAUGAGAACAGGAAGCAACAGGGACCGCUGAACACUGGUUUCUAUCAUAGAUGGUACAAGGAGUUUGUUCUCGGAGCCAUGGGGACCAAUAUGAGACGCCGGGGCUUCUCCGACCCAAGCGUUUUCAUGUCCAUGACAUCACAUCCGCAGAUUGCGCCAAUGAGCGUGGAGACGUGUAACAAAGUCAAUGGACAGAAGGUGUGCAAGACAUACAGCCAACGGUGGACCUACGCCAUUCCCCUUGAAAUCAUCUACACGACUCCGCUCUCGAAAUGGAACCCUUACAACAUUGAAUACAAGGGCUUGAUCAAUACGCCGUACGCCAAUACUGUCCGGCACUGGCAGAGGAACGGUGUCAAGACCAAGGCAAAGGCCUUCAACGGUACCAACAGCAAUACCUACUACAUGACGCCCGUCGAGUUUUUCUCGACCACGCAGAACAAGGAACAGGACUCUGCUGACACCGGGACCAAGUCUCACGGCGUUGGCGUCCUAGACAGGAAUGGUACCGUCCGUUCCGUGGUCGCGUCCGGGCACAAUAUUAUCCUGCCACACAUUCCCGGAGUUGGAAAGAUCAGACAGCGAUGGCCCAUCGCGCCACUCCACGGGGAGGGAAGCGGAAUCUGGAAGCAGAUGGAUGCGCUUAAAGACGUCCUGAUGCAGUGGAACACGUACCAAGACCUCCUGCCCGAACAUUUUAAGUUCUUCUGUAACUAGUGGUGCCAAACAGCGGCAGGUCUCACAACUAGUGAUAUACUUGAUUCAGAUACGACCGCCUCUAGUGGCGAGCUGAGAAAGUAAUCUGAUAGUGAUGCCUGGUUAAAAAAUGUCACGAGAUUAUCCCGCUAAUUUGAACAUUCGUGAAGUUGGAGAGAACUUUACUGUGAAACAAUUAAUAAUAAACAAUUAGAAUGAUGUUGAUCAGCCCCAACAUAAAGACAACUCGCACUAUUCCAUUCAAUUUUAAUGCAUGACGAAUGUCGAUUCACUUAGUGUACUUGAUCGCUGCUUCAAUGAAAAUCUAGGCAUAUUUUCGAGAAAAUUUACUGGAAACUAUGUCUGAUCAAUUAUUUAUUCAUACUGUCAAUUCUUUAUGCCAUGGACCAAAACGGUUGCGUAUUGACCUUUUUUGAAACACGGUUCCUGAGUCAGCCUCGUAAAUCUGCGCUAGAGAACCAAUUGUUAUCACGGCCCGUGAUCCUACAACACUUCCAUUUAUUCUGUCAGGAAUUGUUUUGCGGGGCUUACCAGUUGACCGCACGUGGUCUAUUGAUUUACAUAGAUGAUAUCAUCUUGGCAGUGCGAGCACUCCAAGACCAAAGGUAGAUUACGUAAGAUUAGUACAACUUGCUUCCUCAAGCUAUCAAGGUAUUCAGGAUUUAAUAAACAAAACUUAGGAAGGAUUUUGGAGAUGAGAUAUUUUUUGUUGAAAGUUUCUCUUGCGCAGAUUUGCCGCAUUGAACUAAUAAAAGCUGUUUAAAAGAUGA